AAUUAAACCUGAAUCUCUGAUCAUGACUGUGUUCGUUUAGUUGAGUAAUAAAGCUGCUAUUUUCCUGGGAAGAAAGGCUCGAGAAACUGUUUUAGGAAGCAAAAAGAGAACAGGAAACAGAACCAAAAUAUGACUAUGAACAGAGGAUGUAGAGGUGUUACAAUUGAUAUCGAAGCCAUGGCGUCUUCAAUAGAAAGUAAGAUGUCAGACAAUUACUCCAUGCCCUCUAAGGGUUGCAUCUUCAAAACCCCCUCAGUUCUCUCUAGGCACAAUAAACAAGCGUAUAUCCCUGAUGCAUUUUUUAUUGAGCCUCUCCAUCAUGGCAGUCAAAACUUGAAAGUAAUGGACAAAACUAAAACUAAGUAUUUGCAAGACCUCAUUGAUCGAUCACCCAUUCCGUCUAUGAAGUUGAGAGAGCUCAUCACUUCUAUCCAAGCUGUGGAGAAAGAGGCCCGGCAGUGUUAUGCGGAUCAAAUUGCUUAUACCCCAUAUGAAUUUGUUGAGAUUUUGGUAAUUGAUGGUUGCUUUAUUAUUGAGUUGUUUAAUAGGGGUGCUUACCGCGAUAUUAGAGAUAGGUAUAAAUUAGAUGACCCUGUUUUCACCAUGCCCUGCAUGCUCCGAUUUCUACAACAUGACUUGAUAUUGCUUGAAAACCAGGUACCUUGGAUGGUACUUGAACUUUUGUUCAACAAGACCAACUACCCUGGACAACAAAUGACCCUAAUUGAACUUGCCACAUCAUUUUUUGCUGACAUGUUUUCGUCCAAUUUGCAUUUUCCAAAUAACUCUGUUCAAGACGUGAAGCAUAUUCCAGACUUGUUCAGAAAAUGGUUAAUUUCAACAUCAAGAGGAGAUCAUGAAGAAGGUGGAUUUGAAUGGAAACUGAUGCCAAAAUGGUUGGUUUCAACAAUUGUCGGAAAAGAUGAUGAAAAAGACAGAUUACAUUGGAAACUCGUGCCUUCUGCUACGAGGCUCCUAGAUGCCGGAAUCAAAUUCAAAAGGGGUUCGCCAGAUAAAUGCAUUUUAGAUAUAAAAUUUGACAAUGGUAUCCUGGAAAUCCCUCCAUUACUGAUUCAUCAGACAACAGAAACCGCUUUUCGAAAUCUCAUAAGCUUUGAACAAUGCUACCGCUGUGAAGCAAGGAUCACUUCGUAUGCCAUAUUCCUAGACAACCUCAUUAAUACUUCCGAUGACAUGGAGAAGCUGAGCGAGAGAAAGAUCGUUGAUAACUUGUUGAAUCCUGAGGAAGCUACCAAGUUCUUCAACAAGCUUUACCAUGAUACUUACGUGGUUAAAUUCUAUUACGAAAAUCUUGGUUUGGAAGUGAAUAGAUUUUGCCAACGCAAGUGGCCUAGAUGGCGUGCGGUGCUUGUGCGCAAUUAUUUCGGCACUCCAUGGGUUGUUCUUUCAACGUUGGGUGCUGUUAUCAUCCUCAUCCUCACCUUCAUACAAACCUAUUACACCAUUGAAUAGUAGUAAUGCAUUCUUAUCAAACUUGUAUAAUUGGUCUCCCUCAUGUCCUUUUCAAUGUCAAUUUGCUUUGUAGCAUAUGUGUUCUA